CCCUAAUGGAGAAAUGCUGCUUACUCCCUAUUGGCUGCUGAAACAUGACGCAACGUGGGCACUCGAGGAAGUGAAACAAACGUUAUUGAAGAUACCUCAGCAGAGCUGUUUACUCACAGAUAUGGGUGACUUUCCUGUUAAUCCGCUGGUUCUGCUUGGUGUUGGCUCCAGUUUCGCCUUCUCCGGCCUUUUCUAUCAUCUGCACAAAGAAAAGAAAGAGGAGCUGAAAAAGCUAAAGGAAAUACCCAUUUUCAAGCCAGAUCAACAUUUGGUCAAAGUACUGAAAGCGUCCCCUCACAGGCGACUUCAGUAUGUUGCUGUAGAAGGUCUGGUGCAGGCAGAUGGGGAGCCUCUGGCCAGUCAGUUUGUCCCUCGUUGUUAUGGUGUGAUUCAGAAGAUCACUGUGGAGGAGCACUGGAAAUUCUGGAACUCCCUCACCAAGACAUGGAGUACCCGGACAAUGAACAGAAAAGAAAGCAACAACUCUGUGCCGUUCGGUCUGGUCAGCCCUGGAGCCUACAUCAAUGACCUGUAUGUGAAGGUUCAAAACCCUCUGGAGGCCUCCGGGUGCUACCUGGACAGGGUUUACUUCAAAGUUAGACGAGCCGAAAAGGGCUUGGCAGACAUGGUGAUAAAUGGCAUCAACGGGGAGGAGCCAGUGGCGAUCGAGGAGAGCGAGGAGCUGCUGCGGGUGGGGAGCAUCCUGACUGGUUAUGGGGAGGUGGUGCUGGAGGGGGGUCAGGUGAUGAGCCUGCGGGCCCCGCAGGAUGGCCGCAAGUUCAUCUUGGUGCCCACUGACCACAAGAGCUUCAUGGACAGGCACGAAGGAACCGCCAGCAUGUGGAAGACACUGGCGGCCAUUACUGGCAUCACAGGGACCGCUAUUCUAGCCAAGGUCAUUUGUGGCUACGUGGGAAACCAGGAUGGCAAAUCAAAGAAGGCCUGAGAAGAUACUGUCGAUUUAACGGCCGGAAAAGCUGUGACAGCUUUUCGGCUGUCCCAAAAAACUGCCUCAGGUGUUUUGCUUAGAUUCCACUGCACCUUCCUGAUGCUAACAUAAUGAAUCACCUGUCAACCCUUCCUCAAGGGUUUUAUCAAUAUUCCUUAGAACCAUUACAAUAGUAAAAUUAUUAGUCGCUUGUUUGCACAUUAAUGUAAAAUCUACAGUGGCCUGUAAGGGUCAAUACACAACAUUGUACAAAACAUAGAAAGCAUAAGACUUUAGAAUACAGUUACAAAUUUGGAAGAAAAUAAACUUAAAACAAAAACUGAACAGUUUUAGAUUUGAUCAAUUUUCUAUAUUGUGAUGUCUAAAAUCAUAUAGUGCUAAAUAUUCUUGUUCAAAUGUUUUAUUUGGUUUGAUCCAAUGUUGUUCUGCUGUGACAGGAACUACUUUUCUUGAAACCAUCAUGAAAAUAUCUCUUUAUUUCUUCUGCAGUCACUGGGCCAUUUCCAAUAUAUGAAGCAUCAGAGGAGGACACAUUAAAUGUGGCAUAUUUUAGGACUGUUAAACUAUUAAAUCAAGGGAACGUUUUUGUAAUAAAGUUGUAUUUUUGUAAUGUAAGAUAAAAUCCUCCUUGUAUGGAGUGGUGUGUCAUAAUCAA